UUAGACGUGAUUGCGUCGGUGCAACUGCAAGGCACUGGUGUGGACUGUGGUGUGCAAAGGGCAAACCACCAACCUCAAUUUAAAGUUAUCACCAUUAGAAGUUAAAAUUCUAUGGUAAAUUAGCAAAGUUUUGCUGCCGAUUGUCGAAGAAACAUUUUUUUCAGUUGAUUUUCGAGAUCUUGAAAGGUACGCAGAUCCAGUUGUGAGAUCAUCAACACAUUAACACAUUACCAUGGAAUGUUCUCCAACUGAUGCAACUACGGCACAAAAUGCCAGCGGUUUAAAUGAAGAUUCAACGCAGUCUUUGACUGACACUACAGGUGCUGCUACCAAUGCCAGCAAAUCAGAUGAGAAAGCCAUGCAGAGUUUAAUCGAGGCUGUGAAGAGACGGCGCCGUUCAUCACUAUUCCCCGUCCCCCCAGCAGCGGGGGCUGGGAGCCCCGCAGCCAAGGAGGGCGGUGGCGCCCUGCCAGACCGCAGCACCCGGAGGAGCAUCGGGGGAGCCAGGAGGGUGUCUGUCACCCGACGUUCUCUGUGUUAUGGCCCCCCUCCCCCACUGCUUUCCCUACGGG